GAAAAAGAUAAGAGAUAUGAGGGGGAAGAUGAAGUUAUCGUUCAUAGAAAAUGAUUCAGUGAGGAAAACAACAUUCACCAAAAGGAAGAAAGGGAUGCUGAAGAAAUUCAACGAGCUAGUAACUCUAUGUGGUGUUGACGCAUGUGCGGUCAUCCGUAGCCCGUACAACUCGAUCCAGGAGCCUUGGCCAUCAAGGGAAGGCGUUGAAGAAGUGAUGUCGAAGUUUAUGGAGUUUUCGGUGUUGGACCGGACCAAGAAGAUGGUGGAUCAAGAGACGUUUUUACGUCAAAGGAUCGCCAAAGAAACAGAACGUCUCCAGAAGCUACGUGAUGAGAACCGUAAUUCUCAGAUUCGAGAUUUAAUGUUUGGUUGUCUCAAAGGAGAGGUGGACGUGUCUCAUCUUCAUGGAAGAGAUCUUCUUGAUUUGAAUGUAUUUCUUAACAAGUAUCUCAAUGGUGUUAUUCGUAGGGUUGAGAUCCUUAAGGAGAACGGUGAGUCUUCUUCAUCUGUACCUCCUCCUAUUGGUGUAGCUCCUACUGUUGUGGAUGCAUCUGUCCCAAUCGGUUUUGAUGGUCGUAUGAUUCAAGAUCAAAACCAAAAUCAGCAAGAGCCGGUUCAAUUCCAAUACCAGGCUCUUUAUGAUUUUUAUGAUCAGAUUCCAAAGAAACUUCAUGAUUUUAACAUGAAAAUGAAUAUAGAUCCAAAUCAGAGUAUGAAUUUGGAUCUUAAUGAUGGAGAGGACGAGGGCAUUCCUUGCAUGGACAACAACAACUACCACCCCGAAAUCGAUUGUCUCGCUACCGUCACCACUGCCCCCACUGAUGUUUGUGCUCCUAACAUCAUCAAUGAUCUCUAGUCGAAGGGAUGUAUUUCGAGUGAAGUGGUUGAUCAUCUGCAUCUUUUGAUUUUUCCAUUUCAGAAAAUAAAAUUUAUGUGAUGUUUUUUUUUAUUAUUGUACUACAGUUAAAGGUUUUGCCUUUAAGUUCAUUUCCGUUGAUGUAUUUGCCUGAAAAGGUUUAGUUCAAUUUGAAUAAUUUUAAUCAUUACAAAAUAAAGAGUUUUCAGUAUCUUUAGAAGAAA